AUGCGCUUUCUACCACGGAGGCUUGGGAAAGCCCAGCCAACUUUUCUGGUCCUGUUCUUUUUUCUGAUUGUUAUCGCUGUUGGAGUUUCUGCGGAGCCUGCCGACGCCCAGACCACCGCCGAUCCCUCCACCACCUCGACCACUGAAUCGACUAGCUCAUCCACCUCUUCUACAUCAACAUCGGAUAGCACAAGCACAACUUCGAGUACGACGUCGGAGUCCUCGACAACAUCUACGACUAUGGAUUCUACGACGACCACCUCCUCGACAUCUUCGAGUUCGUCUGACAGCAGCACCACAUCAUCCGUUUCCACAACAACGGCCGCCGGGGCUCCAUAUAUGCAAACAUCGAAUACACCAGAAGGGACGGUCUUUAUCGCGGUUGGCGCCAUCCUGGGCUUUAUCGGACUAGCCGUCCUAGCCUGGCGGGGCAUGGUCGCAUGGUCAGUGAAUCGCUCAGUACGGCGCGCCGCUAUGGCGCAGUCCGCGGAGUCUAAGCGCCUCCUGCGUGGCAGCCGUAAGAAGCGAUCCGCAGCCGUGUACCCUACCGCACCAGCAAUGGACGUCUCGCUCGAUAAGCUCGGCACGGCCACGCGCGCAAGCUACAAGCCGUCGCGCCGAGUCUCCAGCAACCACAGUGGCCUGUUCUAUUCGCCCACUGCAGGUGGUGGGGGUGGGUCACAUCCUAGUCUGAACACCCCUGCAGGCAACCGUAACUCGACCUACCUUCCUGCCGGGUUUUACGCUGCUGCCGGUAGUUCUACGCCCGUUCGAGAAUCAGCCAACCCGGGCUACCCUCCCAGCUCGCCAUCUCUUCCACCUACUGGCGGCUAUCAGGAUGCGACGCAUAAUGCGCGUCACUCAUACGCGGGGGCGUCUACGAGCUCUUUGAACCUGAACCAGGCUCCUGGGGGCCGCGCACCAAGUGCGUACCUGGAGGACUUGUUCGAAAGCCAUACGUCUCCUCGAGACUCCGACUUGAAUCAUCGGUGA